UCUUUUACAACUUGCAAACUUUUUAACUCAGCGUUCUUCCCUGUAAAACCCAUCCAUACUAUGUCUUGUUCUCAUCAAUAACCAAAAUGAAAUACUCCAAUUUGGUUGCUUGUUUCAUUAUUACCUUUUCUAUAUUUCAUUCAUCACAAGCUCAAAAUUCUCCUCAAGAUUAUCUUAACGCUCACAAUGAAGCUCGUAGAGAAGUUGGAGUCGGCCCUCUGACAUGGGACAAUAGGUUAGCAGCCUAUGCCCAAAAUUACGCAAAUCAAAGAAUCGGUGACUGUGGGAUGAUCCACUCUCACGGCCCUUACGGCGAAUGCCUAGCCUUCGCUUUCCCCGAUCUCGAUGCGAAUUAUGCCGUGAAGUUGUGGAUCGAUGAGAAGCAAUCGUAUGAUUUUAAAUCGAAUACUUGUGCACCAGGACAAGUAUGCGGACACUAUACUCAAGUGAUAUGGCGUAAUUCGGUACGUCUUGGUUGCGCCAGGGUUCAAUGCAACAAUGGGUGGUAUUUUAUAACGUGCAAUUACGACCCACCAGGUAAUUAUAUAGGACAACGUCCGUUAGGUGAGGUUGAAACUGAAGCUGAACAACCAUCCUACGAUUUCACGUCAGAACCUCCAACUGAUGUCUAAUUAUUAUGAGUUUACACGAUCAAACUAUGAAUGAAUGAAGUUUAUUCAUCAAUUAUUAAAGAAAUAAAAUCCUGGCCAAGUGAUGUUAUUGAUCAUACUCAGUUGGAUAAUACAAUCUAAUGGCAUAGUGAUGGGAGAAAUAUAUGUAGUCUAAAUAUUGAUGUCCCAACUCUCAUAUGGAUCGGUCCGUAUGUACCUUUGCAUCUGCAUGUUAGUUGAUUAAUCAGUAUAUGUAUGUGUUUUGUUGGUUUAUUUAGUUAUAAUGAUAUUUUUGUUGGCACUUAGUGUGAUAUGUGGUA